AUGCGUACUUGGAGGGCUUCGGCGAUUCUGGGAUACUUGCUCGGUUUCAUGGGAGAAACGGCGAAGUAUGAAGAGUACAUGAAGCUUUCGGCAUCCUUCUUGGCCACUGCCAUCCAGCAAGGGUCUACUGAUAUGUUGCCAUCGGGAUUCGCUGAGAUGAUCGAUCAGACGAAUGUCCAGGCGUACUCUGGAGAUGUAGACACUCCGGAUAUCCAAUCUUUGGCCGCCGGACAUCAACGUCAACCUCGUCCGCAGAUCAACCCAGCUGCAUGCGAAGGGGACAUGUAUCGGUAUGUUACCCAGUCGAUUAUUGCAUUUACGCAACUUGCCUUGGAGAGAGCUUGCGAGGACACUGUGAUGAUCAGGCCCUCGAGCGAUGACGAGCCUUGCGAGGAGGACAGGGGCGAUAUUAAGCCGCACGGCAACGCUCCCCAGGCGGAAGAGGUGUCUGGUGCUAUGGUGGCUGGGCUCAAAGAUAACCUGAUCGCGUUCGAACACCUACAAGAAGCAGCUGAUCGGACCUUGGCCUUUCAAAAAGCAGCGAACGGGGACGCUGGUGGGGCGAUGGAGAGGUUCGGAUAUUGCGUCGAGGUGUUCGAGCUGUACCCUGGGCUGUGUCGCUGCAUGAUGAAUUGGUGA